CCAGUCCAAGCGCACCUGGGUUCCGGAAGUAGCGUGACGUCAGCGGGAGAGGUGUUAGAAGGCAUGGCUCAGGAAUUCGACACAAAAAUCCGGCUCGACUGGACUGGUGAUCGACUCGUUUAUAAACGUGCCCCCAGAGGCACACGGCGAGAAAGGCUUUAAACCUCGUUAGUCGACUACAGGUCAAACACUCACUGGACUGAGCGCCGGAGAUUUCCUCUGUGGAUUCUCUUUAAGAAGAAGACGAAAGAAGGAUUUUAUUGAAAGAUACACAACAAUGUCUGGGGACAGUAUUUUACCGGAUGAGGAGGUUUUUGCUGGCUUCAUAGAGCAGUGCUUAUCAAAGGACAACUGGUUGAACAAGUAUGAUAAGAGUGGGAUGCAAGUGUGGGUCGAACAAUCUCCUGUGUAUAAAGGAAACAACGUACCUAAAGUCCAUAAAAUCAAGUGUAAAAUGACAAUCAGUGAUGUGUCUGCUGCUGCCAUGUUCGACGUCCUGCAUGAUGGCCAGUACAGAAAGAAGUGGGACCCCACCAUGCUGGAGAGUUUCGACAUUGCCCGGCUCUCUGCUAAUGCUGAUCUGGGCUACUAUUCAUGGAUUUGUCCAAAGCCAAUAAAGAACAGAGACGUGGUAACACUGCGUUCUUGGCAGGUGAAGGAUGACGAGUACGUCAUUGUUAACUUCUCCGUCAAACACCCGAAAUACCCUCCUCGCAGCGACCUUGUGAGAGCCAUUUCCAUCCUCACUGGCUAUUAUAUCAAGUCCACCGGACCAAACAGCUGCACCUUCAUAUACCUCUCACAAGCCGACCCAAAAGGCUCUCUUCCAAAGUGGGUGGUAAACAAAGCAUCUCAAGUUCUCGCUCCUCGGGUGAUGAAGUGUGUACACAAGGCAGGGCAGAACUACCCAGAGUGGAAGCAGCAAAACUCUCCCAACCGGAAACCCUGGCUGCACCCAGAGCAGAACACCCUGCCCAUGAUGGACCCCGCCGAGCUGUCGAUACAGAGAGCAGACUCGCUAGAAAAUGUGGAUGAGACUAACAAGGUGGAUGCUCAGGACAGCGAGGACAGCAGUUAAAUCACACUCAGAGUGACAGG